UUUGUCAGUCUGGAUGCUCCGGGCCGCCCGUUCGCACCGCCGUGCUGCUGCUGCUGCCUCCCCCGCCCCGGCACGACCGGCACCGCGUCCUCCACGUCGCGCCCUCACCCAGCCUUAGCCAUGACGCCGUCCCCGGCGGCGCCUGGCAUGGCGUCCGCCACCGUCCUCGUCAUCGUCGGCGUCCUCGCGCUGCUGCACGUCGCUGGCACCGACUACGUCCCCGGCGCACCAGUCCAGGAGCACGCUGCCGGCACCCCGGAGGAGGAGGAGGAGCACAAGGGCGCCCCCUGGCUGGACAGCAACGUGCCAAAGUUCGUGGAGCCGCUGCGCAACGUGACGGUGCCCGUGGGCCGAGAGGCCAUCCUCGUGUGCGUAGUGGACAACCUGUCCACGUAUCGGGUGGCGUGGCUGCAGGUCGAGACGCAGACAAUCUUGACGGUGCAGACGUCCGUCAUCACCAAGAACCACCGCAUCGCGCUGACUCACACGGACCAGCGCCGGUGGCAGCUGCACAUCAGCAACGUGCAGGAGAAGGACCGCGGCCUCUACAUGUGCCAGAUCAACACGGACCCCAUGAAGAGCCAGGUUGGCUACCUCGAGGUCGUCGUGCCGCCGGACAUCCGGGACAGCGAGACGAGCACGGACGUGGGGGCCAACGAGGGCGCCGACGUGUCGCUGAGCUGCGCCGCCACGGGGUACCCGACCCCGACCAUCUCCUGGCGCCGGGAGCACAGCGCCACCAUCACGCGCCUACCGACCGGCGAGGAGGUGAAACUAGUGGAGGGCGGGACGCUCAACAUCACCAACGUGACGAGGCACCACAUGGGGGCGUACCUGUGCAUCGCGUCCAACGGCGUCCCACCCACCAUCAGCAAGCGCAUCAUGCUCAAAGUGAACUUCGCCCCCCUCGUGACGGUGACGCGGCCGUCUGUGCCCGUGGUGCUGGGCGAGCACGCCACCCUAGCCUGUCUGGUGGAGUCCUACCCGCGCCCCCUCGGAUACUGGACCCUGCCGAACAACGCGAGCUUUAGCCAACAGGUCCUGGAAAACACCGCCAAGGAAAACCGUGUCCUGCUCACUCUGAACAUCACAAGAGUCCAGGCGAAGGAUUACGGGCAGUACAAGUGCUUCGCCCAGAACGACUACGGCAUCGGCGAGGGGGUUGUCCGUCUAUAUGAAGUCAAACCAACGACAACCUUACCACCUCCUACUACGACAACAACGACGACUACCACCACGACGACUACGACAACAACACCCCCGCCGCGGCAGCCCACGACGCCCCCGGCAGACCGAAGGAAAGGAUCACACGCCGACAAGGAACUGCCAGAUGGCAGACAAGAGAAGCGGCGGAAAGGCGCCGAGGUGCCCGAAAACAGCGUGAGCAGCAAGAACUCGCGUGAGGCCUCGACGCGGGGGGCCUCCAGGCCGGCCAGCUCGGCGUCCUCGGCCACGGCCUCCGCCCCGGCAGCUCAGCCGAGCCUCCGCUUUGCCGUCGGCCUCGCCGCCCUGGCCUGCGCCCGCCUGUGCUGAAAAGUGGUGCGCAUCCCACAGCAAAUUUCUUGAAAGGACUGUCUUUGCUGAAUUCCAUUUCGCUACUCAGCCGAGCCUAUUGGGAUUAGGGGUGCAGAAUCCGCUCAACCAGACAGAUGUUACAUAUCUCGUGCAGUGCCUGUUGUUUACGACCUGGAACGUCACUCAAUCUACUUUUUAGAUAAAGACUAUUUGUACAAAUUAGGUUUUAAUGAAAAGAUAUUUUCACUUGUAAUUACAUACGUACAGAAACAGCUGUUAUUUCAGUUGUAAAAGUUGUUAUUGUCGUUGGUGUAAAUGAUCAAAUGUGUGUGUGUGUGCGUGUACGUGUGCGUGCGUGGGUCCUGUACAGUGAUUUUAAUCAGGUUUAAGGGAAUACGCUUAUAACGUUUUUGCGCAACGUUCGCAGCGCCUCAGGAUAAAGCUUUUAAAUCUGUGGCGAAUAUAAUGAAACCUUGGCGAGUGUUGGACUGAAAAUUAAUGUACGCAUUUUGCUUUCCCUAUGUCAUGGGGCCGUCCAUUGUCCUCGUUAUUUUCUUUUUCAAGACAAAACUAUUGGAGAAUUAAAACGACAAGUUCUCCAUUUUAAUAACAUCUCUGCUCCAGCAGAGACUUGCCUUCAUAGGAAAUGUUAUCUAUUAAAUAUAUCUUUAAAAAUUAUCGCUGUAACUAUUUGUGUUUAGUACUUUUUAAAAAAUAGUAAGAAGCGUUAAAAAAAUCAUCCAGAUUAAAAAAAUGAUAUUGUUAGUAAAAUCUGUAAUGGUUUUGCGUAUGUAAUGUAGGGACGUUAAGAUGAAUGACAUUUCUACUUCAAUAAUUAAGAUUACUAGGUGAACAAGAGAAACUUAGGUUCUACGGCUGUAUAACACCUGCGUGCAGAAAUCAAUGAAAAAACUGUUGUCAAAGAAUGGUUUAGUCCACACUUGAGGACUGGGCCCAACAAGACACGAGAGACAAAUUAUAUUUCGAUUUAGCUGUGAUACAUGCAGUAAAUGUACGAAAACCGAAA